AUGGACUCCCCAGUAGUCACGCGGUUGUUCCGACAACUGUUCCGACACCAUCCAACGUGCCAAUUGCGGCGGAACCUGGCGACGCUGGCGGCUGCGCUCCGCGAUCCGCAACUUCAAGACCACCGCCGCCCUCAACGCCGCUCGUAUGUUAGCCGCGGCCGCAGCGGGUCUGGGACCGGCACCCCCGAGAGCGAGAGCAAUUGGCAGCAGCGCAGCGAUGUCUUCCAACAGGACAUGUCGGAGGAGUUCCAGCGAUACCCCAUGGUCACCGCCAUGGACCUCCGCGGUCGAAAAGAGCGGCCGCGCAGGCAAGUUGUCAUCUUCACGCCAGGCGAGCCCUUCGACUUCCACUCCCUGUAUGAUGAGCUCGACUUCCACGCUCUGCUCUCCCGCCGCUACGUCGAGUUCGAGGACUCGCUCGAUGCCGUCUCCCCAUGUGAGACACGCCAACUCUGGUACACGCCCACGGAGCUCUUUCGCCCCUACUACGGCGAAGCAAUCGCACGCUAUCUCAUCGCCAACUACAAACUCACCACCUACCCUUACUAUGACCUGAUCAUCUACGAGAUGGGCGCCGGCCGUGGCACCCUCAUGCUCAACAUCCUGGACUACAUCCGCGACGUCGAUCCUGCCGUGUACGACCGGACAAAAUACAGGAUCAUUGAGAUCAGCACCCAGCUCGCCACCCUGCAGCAUUCACAGCUGAUGCAGUCCUCCGCCGCGCGCGGCCACGCGGACAAGGUGGAGAUCAUCAACCAGUCCAUCUUCGACUGGGUCCAGCCGGUGCCCUCGCCCUGCUUCUUCCUCGCCUUCGAGGUCUUCGACAACUUCGCCCACGACAUCCUCCGCUACGACAUCUCGACUCGGAAGCCGCUGCAAGGAAUAGUUUUGAUCGACGAAAACGGCGACUUCUACGAGUUUUACACGCCCCAGCUGGACCCUGUUGCGGCUCGCUACCUUCGCGUCCGGGACGUCGCCACCGACGGGCGGUACAAGGUCCCCUACCCAACCACCCGUCUUGGCCGCUGGCUCGCGGCGCAGAAACCGCUGGCGCCGAACCUCAGCGAUCCCGAAUACAUACCCACGCGGCUGAUGCAGUUCUUCGAAGUCCUGGGGCGGUACUUCCCUGCGCACCGCCUGCUCACCAGCGAUUUCCACUCACUGCCGGGUGCGAUCAAAGGCUUGAACGCCCCGAUCGUGCAAACGCGGUUCCAGAGGCAACCGGUGCCCGUGACCACGCCGUUGGUUCACCAGGGCUACUUCGAUAUCAUGUUCCCCACCAAUUUUCAAACGGCCGAGGCCACGUACCAGGCCAUCACCGGCAAACUGACCCGCGUGCUCACCCACGAGGAGUUCAUGCGCAGGUGGGCCUACGUCGAGGACACCGAGACGCGGAGCGGUGAAAACCCCCUGCUCACAUGGUACAAGAACGCCAGUGUGCUGUAUACUGUAUAACAAGCGUACAUACUCUCUACACAUCACAUCUUGUGUAAACAACACGAAUUGUACGAUGCCC